GAGAGAAAAUUAAUGGUUACUCUCUUCCUCUCUCUCAAAACCAUCAAACCAGGAAGUUUUUCAGAGUAAGAUCAACGAAUUUGAAAGAACUUCGUCUAUUUGGAUGACGAUCAACCUGAUCUCAGAAAGAACUCCGAUAAAAUGGAGCAUCUACAGCUUGAAUUAUUGGAGAGCGACUACUGUAUCGGAGACGAAGACUUUGCUGUCUACGAGGGCGGGUUUCCGGAUGCCGAUACUAGUAUUACCAGGACUCCAUUUGCACUUGCUUGUUUGAAUCCAAAGCACUAUAAUGUUUCUAAAACUCUAAUAGAGUUGGGUCCCAAAUGCCAAUGUCAAUGCAUAUCGCCCAGGUGUCAUAACUCUUGCAAUGCAUUGACGGUUUUUGGAGGACUACGAUUGAGAUUGGCAGAUUUCUGUUGCUUUUCACAAAAAGGAUGCUCUUCAAAAGAAUGAAGCUGCCAACAAGGAGAGUGAUCAGCCAAUAAGCGAAGAGGAAGUGUAUUACAAGACUGCCGGAUGAUGAGAAAGGAAGAUUAUAUAACAUUGGCUCGGCUGCCGUGUCAUAUUUUGAGAAGUUUGAUGCAAGCACAAAAGGUCAAAGGGUUCCAUCGCAGCAACAAAAGGUUCUCGAUGAGACAGUUAAUCAAAUGAAACUUCUCAAAAGCACAAUUUCAGCUACUUUCUCAACAGAUGACGGUUUCGUUUCUUAAGAGUGUAGCUCCGUUUGAGCAUUGUAUGAAUACGGAACACUAAUAACUUGAUGUCUUGGAAUAUGCUUUUGGAUGGAAAUGCACCUAAAUGCAUACAAUGAGGUUGACAUGUAUCAAUGUAUGUUGUUGGUGGAGGA